UUUUUUAAAUCAUUGGUCGUGAUCUUAUUGGUUGUUCUGUAGGCGUCAAUGUAAAAUCGAUUGCUUAAAAACGUGAAUGCUAUUCCUGGACUUACCAGAUGUGCUCUCUACUCUCCUCAGUUGCAAUGAAGACCUCUGUGUUCCUUCUUUUGGUUGUGGUUGUGGCUUUCAGCUCAGCAGAUGAAAUCAUUGGAGGUUAUGAAUGUAGGCCCCACUCCCAGCCCUGGCAAGCUUUCCUUACUGAUAAUAGAAUUUCAUGCGGAGGAUCUUUGAUUAAUGAAAGAUGGGUUGUGUCUGCUGCUCACUGCAAUUUCCAGCAAGAUCGUCUCAGCGUCCGCCUUGGAAGGCACAAUUUGGUAACUGCUGAAAACACAGAGCAGAGGAUCGAAGCGGAGAAGAUGAUUCCUUUCCCGAAAUACAAUGAUCGGCCUCAUAACAAUGAUAUUAUGUUAAUCAAGCUGAAACAACCUGCCACCCUCAACAGAUAUGUGAAGCCAAUCCCUCUGCCAAAUAAAUGCCCCUCUGCGGGAGAGAGGUGCUUGGUUUCUGGAUGGGGCAGAACUGCAGACGGCAUAGCUUCCACCCUGCAGUGUUUGAAGUUGCCUGUACUCUCAGAAAAGGUGUGUAAGACUGCAUAUGGUUCAAUAAUAACUAGAAACAUGUUCUGCGCUGGAUUCAUUAGGGGAGGGAAAGACUCAUGCCAGGGGGAUUCAGGUGGCCCUGUAGUGUGCAAAGGGCAACUGAAAGGUGUUGUUUCCUUUGGCAACGGCUGUGCUAAACCAAAAUAUCCUGGGGUUUAUGCUGAGGUGUGCCGCUACACUAGAUGGAUCAAAUCCACCAUAGCUAGUAACUAACUGUUUAUUCAUUCUGGUUGGUCCUUUACAAGUCCUUUUCUAUAAUAUCUGUAAUCAAGUCCAAGUCCUUUUAAAGCAAGUCAUCCAACUUUGAAAUGCCUCUCAGACAGCUUUUUUAUUCUUGCCUUCACCAGUUUGUGAUUGGCUCUUUUAUUUAGAAAGCGGGAUUAUUCAUUUUCCUUUUUCUAUUUGCUUUUGCAUUUUUGAGUGCACCAGCUUUGUAUAUCUUAAUCUUUGAAUUAAAUUCAUUCUAAAAAAAA